GAACCAGCGGGCUUUUUAAGUGCGCAUGCGCAACAUAUUUUCCCUGCAGCUUCUCCAAUCCCAAAAAGCUUUUCUUCUGCUGAGUGAGUGUAACUUUAUGGCCAAAUACAUGAGGCCCCCAAACACGUCUUUGUUCGUCAGAAACAUCUCCGAUGAGUCCAGGCCUGAGGAUUUGCGGCGUGAGUUUGGCCGCUAUGGGCCGAUAGUGGAUGUCUACAUCCCACUUGACUUCUAUACACGUCGAUCAAGAGGAUUUGCAUACAUUCAAUUUGAAGAUGUGCGUGAUGCAGAAGAUGCUCUUCACAGCCUGGACAGGAAGUGGGUUUGUGGCCGGCAGAUUGAAAUCCAGUUUGCCCAGGGUGACCGAAAGACACCAAAUCAGAUGAAGACAAAGGAGCAUUCCCCGGCCAGAUCCUCCCGGCACGACGACCGAGACGGGAGACGCAGACGCUCGCGCAGCCGCAGUUACGACCGCUACAGAUCACGCAGCCCUUCUCACGAUCGCCACCGCCGGCGCUCCGAGAGUCCUCGCGAGUCUCGUGGACGAGUGUAUGGAGGAAGAAGCAGGAGCCGCGAGGAGGACAGAUACAGGCCGAGGCCUCGGAGAGAGUCCAGAGGAAGGUCCCGAUCCAAAUCGGCGUCUCCGCGGGAAGCCGUCAACCCGCCGUCGACUUCUCAUUACGCCGAGGAGGAAGUGCGGCGGACACACUCCCCGUCCCGCUCCGCGUCCAGAUCACGCUCUCGCUCCCGAUCCUGGGCCGGGCACAAGUCGGGAGGUCGCUAGAAAAGUACCCGCGCCGCCGCCGCCUCCUCCUAUCCGUUGUCAUGUCAGAUAAACCAGAGCUGGUGCAUCUGUCAAGAAGUGUUUGUUUUGACAUGAAUGUAACGUCCACUGCAGCAUUUCUAGAAAGCUUGUUUUUGCGGCUCCAUUUUGAGAACAAUGCUGAUCCUUUGCUUAGUUUUAUAAAAUAGUAUUGUUGAGAUUUCCCAAUUUUAGAAAAAUAACUCUGCUUCUCUGUUCAGUGGUAGUAAUUGUUUUUUUAUAUACGGUUACUGAGAAUUUUCUUUUCUAAACCCUAUGCACCCUUUUUUGCAAAAAAAAAACAUUCAGUAUUGUAAAAUGAAUCCAGUCUGUUAGCGAACCAAACCAGCGUUUUUAUGUCUAAUCCCAUUGGUUUUUAAUCAACCGCUGACCAAUGUCCAGACAUAUUUUGGGGUUACAUUUCGUUCUAUAGGCCACUGGAGGGUUUCUUUGUUAGAUGAAAACAAAUAUUCCAAAACCCUUCACGUCACAUUGAACACCGUAAUUGACAAAGUAUUAAGGUGCAUUGCUUUACCCGUUAACUGAAGAUAUGCAGUCGUGCUGACGUCACUACAAGAAAAUGAGGCGAUGGCUGCCUGAAAGGCAUAAAAGCUGUAAUGCAUGUGGUCUGUUGGAAGCAGGUCGGCAGUAACAACGCACCGGGACCCUCUGUGGUCCCAACGUGUUGAUGCUGUCAACAAGUGACUUCAGCCACCAACUGCUAAAAAUGUUCAUUCAUCUUUUCUUUUUUUUCUUUGUGGUUUCUGUCUGAUUACAACAGAUUUUUUUUCUUUCUUUUUUCAAAAAGUAUUUUAUUUCUGGAACCCUUCCUCCUAAUUUCAGUUGUGAGGAGCAACAAAGCUCUCGUUGGUGUUUGCACAACUGUGUUUGUUUUUACUGAAUGAAUCUCGUCACUGCAUGUUUUAUUCUCCUGAUCUUCUAUCUUUGGUAGAAAGAGAAUGCUUUUUUGAGAAAUAAAUGGAUAUCAUUGAAUAAAAGGAAUCUGUGACUUCA